AUGGAGAAGGAUGUAUACGUUCGCGAUCGUAGUAGUGGCCAGAACAUUCCGAGGUUUCGCCGGCGAGAGCCGUCCACCCUCUCGAAGUUCCUACACCCUAUCACGGUCGGCCUGGUCAUACCCUAUCCUUCAUCCGAACAUUUCCAUCCCCUGGGCAGUGCGGUGGCUGCAGCCGACACCAUUUCCGCGCCGUGGACCCCCGCGAGUUCCGGGCCGCCGCCCGACGCCAACGGCUCCGGCUCGGAUACGAAGAACCUCGACGUUGGCGAAAUUAGCGAUGACGAGAAGGAUCUGUCGGCAGCGGACGCGGAAGGUGUAUGGUCGCCGGAUAUCGAACAGAGCUUUCAGGAAGCUCUUACCAUAUAUCCGCCAUGCGGUCGACGCAAAAUCAUCCUUUCCGACGAAGGGAAGAUGUACGGUCGCAACGAGCUGAUCGCCCGUUAUAUCAAAUUGAGGACCGGCAAGACGAGAACGCGAAAGCAAGUGUCUUCGCAUAUACAGGUUCUCGCGAGAAGAAAACUCCGGGAAAUACAAGCAAAACUCAAAGUGGAUCAUGCCGCCAAGGAGAAGGCGCUCCAGACAAUGUCGAGCAUGUCGAGCGCCCAAAUAGUAUCAGCUGGAAGCGCGAUACACAACAAGAUGCCCCCCGCCCUCGUGGGGCCCCUUGCCCUUCAUGCUUCCACCCCUGUCUCCUAUCCCGGAGCGCAAUUUUGGCAGCCAGGCCUGCAACCAGGAACGUCCCAGGAUGUCAAACCCUUUCCUCAGCCUGCUUACACCGGGAAACCGGCGACAGCGGUCUCGAGCGGUGACUUGGUCCAGGCGCAGCCUGCACCACCAUGGGAAGGACGCGCCAUCGCGACUCACAAGCUCAGGCUUGUCGAGUUUUCAGCCUACAUGGAACAGCAAAGAGACCAGGACAUUUAUCACAAACACCUGUUCGUCCACAUAGGAGGUUCCGCGACCUACGCCGAUCCGUUAUUAGAAGCGGUCGAUGUUAAGCAGAUAUACGACAAAUUCCCGGAAAAGAAGGGCGGUCUCAAAGAACUUUAUGAUAAAGGACCGCAAGCGGCUUUCUUCCUCGUUAUUUGGGCUGAUCUCAAUAGCAACAUCCAAGAUGAAGCUGGAGCAUUCUAUGGCGUCACGAGCCAGUAUGAGAGCAACGAGAACAUGACGAUAACGUGUUCGACGAAAGUAUGCUCCUUUGGAAAGCAGGUAGUAGAGAAGGUGGAGACGGAAUACGCAAGGUUUGAGAAUGGCAGGUUCGUUUAUCGCAUUAGCCGUUCACCUAUGUGCGAGUAUAUGAUUAAUUUCAUCCACAAAUUGAAGCACCUGCCAGAGAAGUACAUGAUGAAUAGCGUUCUUGAAAAUUUCACCAUCCUCCAGGUUGUUACGAACAGGGAUACGCAGGAAACAUUAUUGUGUACAGCAUAUGUUUUUGAAGUGUCAACUUCUGAACACGGUGCUCAGCAUCACAUAUACAGAUUGGUCCAAGACUAGCCUGCUUGAACCUGCUCGCCAUGCAGCCAUCCACCCCCAUCAGUGCCUACCAUCAUAUAAAGAUCAUCCAUACACGUAUAUACAUUACACUGUGAAAA